UAUAUCAAAUUCAAAUUUAUACGAAACUAACAAAGCAGAAUGUAAACAAAACGGGGGCGUGUCUUGUAAACAAACGCACGUUAUCUCGUAAAGGCCAAAACAGUCAAAAUGGUUUCGUUGUCUUCUUUGUUGCAGUCACCUGUACAAGCAAUUCUCCGACCUGCAAUGUGGCUCCCUUUCAUAAAAAAUCUUCACAGCUACAAAGAAGUGUGGGUGCAUGAGAAAGAGAAUGCAGAAAUCUUGAAAACCAUAAUAAACUCUCUAGAAUUAUUACAGAAUGAAGACAAAAAAGGCACUGUCUAUGAUAUUCAUAAGGUAAGCCAAGACUCAACUUUCCUGAGGAUUUUUGUCUUCACCUGGGCUGAGUGGUUAGAUGUGAUGGAAUUCACAGUCCACAAGGACACAGUUGAAGCAUGCUCCUUUUCAUCUGGCCUGUUUCCACUUUUUAUCCCUUUCACUAGUAUUGUUAAUUGUGUUUUGUUUUGGGUACCCUUCCUGGAUAACGGACUGAACAAAAACAGGAUUGCCUCUUUAAGGACACUACUAAAGACAUAUAUAAAGGAGUUCAAAGCAUCCUGAUGUUUUCUUUUUAACUAAUUGCAUGAAAUAAACUUGGGCAUUAAUUUGAUAAAACCAUUUUACUUUUUGUAAUGUUGUCUUUUAAAAACUAUAGAAUUUAACAACUAGGUAACAGUCAAUAUAUUGAAUACAGCUUUGUAUCUGACAUACACAUAUUCGCCUCACUGGUUUGUUAGCUGAAUUUAUUCAUUAAUGUGCCUCAAUGUUCAAAGAUUUGUAACAGGUUGGGAGAAAAAAUGAAGGACCAGACCAGGAUUUGAACCCUGGCCCCCUGAAUCUCUAGUCCAUCUGGCACUGUACUUAAGCUGGUCUGACCAUUACAUUCCUCCUCCCUUAAAUGAUCUUCACCAUUAAAGAUCACCAUCUCCAGGCCCUUCUCCCUGGCAGGAGUAAACCUGUCAGUUCAAAGGGUUGGUCACGGCAUCAAAUGCAAUUGGUUUGGAGAAUUUGAAAUAAAGACGGACUAGUCAGGGAUAUGAACCCUGCCCCCCCCCUUAAUCUCUAGUAAUGUGCUCUCUCUGGUGUCUGGCACUGGUAUUAGAACCAAUCUGACCAUCACAGAUGAAAGUUUCUGGAUUAGUACAAGGAUAACACCCAAUCUGAUAAGAGAGAAUAUACAAAAACUUGUACAAAUGAUUAACUGCUGGU